AUGGUAUUUGCAUCCGUGGUUCACUUCUCGCUUGACGUCAAGAACCCACGCAAUACACCUGGUGGUAGUACAGCAAUGGUUGUCUUCGCCUGUCUGUUCAUUACAGGAUUUGCAAUGAUAUGGGGCCCGAUGGUAUGGGCAAUUGUGGCCGAGCUAUAUCUAUCCUGUUACCGCCUCAAGCUGGCUCUGGAACUUCUUGAUUGGGUUCUUCACUCCAUUCAUCACGAGUGA